CUCCUCGGUUGUUAGCCGCUUCCAAGAUACCACAGCCUUCCGGGACAGGCUGCGAAAAGGAAUAUCAUAUUGUGACACUUCCUCGCUCUAUCAUUUCCAAUUACCAUAUUCGUCCAUACCUCCCUCUACUAUCUGCCCCUGGCUUGAGAAGCUGGUGACAAAAUCCAUCGAACCAGCUUCAUAGGUAUGCCAAUUGACUCUGAGCCUGACAAUUCGAGUGGAUCAAACAAGGUCGAGCAAGGGUGGUUGGCGAAGUGUGGACUUUUAAUACCAUCAUUAUCUGUACGUGGCAGACACAGUCCUGAGGAAGACCCAAACAGGCUGGUGAUGUCCCUUACUGACUAUAAGGACAAGAAGAGAAAACGGACUUCAAGGAGUCCGAUGCCAGUGACGCGAUCAUCAUUAAAGAUGAAAACCGCUCGGAAGACAUCCGUCGAGCUCUUUCAAGCAAUCUUGAAGAAUAAAGAGGCUCAUGCAAGGUAUGCGGAAAACCGUCAGCAACUUUUGCAAGACGAAGAGGCCACCUCCUGGGAUCUGCCAGCCAGACAAUCGGCAUCUGAGGCUGAGAUCAAAGCUGGCCAGAUCAUCUGGAAGCUGAGAGAGUUUGAGCGAGAUGUGCUCUUUGGAAAUAUUCCAUCAGAGGCUAUUCCAGGACCAAAAACGUUGGACAUGGGCGGACAGUUUCUCACAAAUAAAUCCCGCAUUGAAGGAAGCAGCAAGAUAUUCGAGAUCGCGAAGGAUGUGCCAAAGGGGGCACUCUUGCAUCUCCACUUCAACGCCGAACUCAAUCCUGGGCGAUUACUGGAAGAGGCCAGGUCGAUGCCAAACAUGUUCAUCCGUAGCCUUCAGUCAUUGCUUACGCAGGACGACCUUGACAAAACCGAGAUGGUCUUCAAAAUAUGUCGUGAGGAUACCCCAUCCUAUAAUAUCUUCUCACCAAAUUAUAAGGACAUCGUCGAAGACCCAGUGGAAAAAAAGCCAAUGUUAAAAUGGAUGCGGUGGUCCGAAUUCCGCGAGGAAUUCGUGAAACAGGAAUUCUCUAAUCAAUACAGGCAGGAACAGGCUAAUAGCCUCGACAAAAACGGGCCUCUUCCAAACAGCUCGGAGCAGGGUGAAGUUUCUCUGGAUGAGGCUGAGAAUUGGAUUAGGGGGAAAAUGGUGAUCAGCGAGGAAGAGGCAUAUGGUAUGAAGCAGACCGUGAAUGGGGUCUGGGCGCGUUUCAACCAAGCGACCCGUAACUUCAAAGGCCUCAUCGGUUAUGAAAAGGUCUAUAGAUGGUAUAUCAGUACUGCGAUCGACCGCAUGAUCGAAGAGCAUGUCAUGUAUGCGGAGCUCCGCCCUAUGUUAAUGGAUAAAGACCUCCCAAAGGAUGACGGGAAAGAAGCACUAAAACUAGAGGCACAAAUGGAGUUGAUUGUAGAAUGCCUCAAGGAGAAAAAGGCUCAGCUCAAAAGCGAAGGAAAGCUGGAUCGUUUCCCCUUCGGCCUCAAGAUCAUCUAUUGCACUCCACGAUCAAUAGGUAAAGAAAGGAUGCAAACCGAGAUAGAGGACUGCAUCAAGUUAAAGGAGAAAUUUGAAGACCUCAUAUGUGGAUUUGACCUGGUAGGGGCAGAAGACCGACCGAAUCACAUUGGACACUAUUACGAAGAGCUAGUCGCCCUCGAAGAAACCUGUAAAGCGAAAGAUCUCGAUAUCCCCUUCCUUUUCCACGCCGGCGAGACCUUACUAGACACCGGAGGAUCAAAGGACCCAGGCAAGUCUAAUUUGUACGACGCCGUACUCCUUAAGUCCAAGCGCAUAGGGCACGGCUUCUCGCUAUUAAAACAUCCCCAGCUUAUUGACAAGUUCAAACGAAAAUCUAACUCCGAGCCCGGAAUCUGCAUCGAGCUUUGCCCGAUCUCCAACGAACUUCUUCAUCUAUGCCGAAACAUCAAAGAGCAUCCGUACCCCGAGCUUCUAGCCGCCGGCAUCCCGUGCACGAUUAAUAGUGACAACCCUUCUCUGUUCAGUAAUUCGAUGUCUCACGAAUUCUACCAGAUCAUGGUUGGAGCGCCGGCGAUUUCGAUCCAUAGCUGGAAACAGCUUGCGAGGUGGAGCCUGGAGUAUAGCUGUCUUUCUGAGGAGCAGAAGAAGGAAGCGUACAAGAUCUUUGAGAAGGAUUGGGAAAAGUUCUGUGAGGGAGUUGUGGACAAGUAUGGUAAAUUGUUCGUUGAGGGUGAAGAUGUAAAGGCGCAGUUGGCGAGACUGAUGUCAGCGUAUUAACCCGGUUGGACGCCACCUAAAGAGCCGACAAAUGAGCAGAAAAAGUGAAUAUGCUUCGAGUUCUGCUGUUAUCGACCUAGAGU